GCCAUAUGUUCCGCUGUCAGGAAACAAACCUUUGCAACCGUUUUCAUAGGCAAAGACAUCGGUCUUAACCCUAGGCCGCACGUGUUUGACUCUUUCCCUACAAGAUUUUAUUGGGUCAGUUUGCAAGGGAGAUAAAAGUUAUAAUUAAUCUGUUCUCUGCGCACUUGUGUCGCAAGCCUCCUAGGAUUCCUGAGGCCUCGCAGUCGGAGUCUAGAAUCCCAGCAUGCACAGCGGCGACGCCGAGGAUUAUAAUGCAUUGCGGAAAAGGGUACACGAGCUUAAACACCAACAUAGCGAGGCCUUGCACCAACAGCAGGUGCACCGACAGAUUGACGUGUCAUCUCUUGCGAGCCGUUGUGCUCAGCUAGAGGCGUCAAACUCAGCGCUGGUAGCUGAGAAUGAAAAGCUACAGCAGCAGCUGCGACAAAACACAGAGCGAGCAGCGAAGUUACGGCGACAACAAGAGAGAGAGCAGCAAAAGCUACGGGAGCAGGUGGAGAAGCUCUCAGCGGAAAUCUCGUCUAUAGAGGAGAGCUGGGUCACCAAGCUGGCCGUGGCGGAGUCCGCAGCUGCCACCCGUCAAAAGGAAUUGGAGGCCGAGAUGGCAGCCCUGAAGCAGCAACAGGAGGAGGAGCUGCAGCGGCUCCGGCGGGAACACGAGGCCAGCCUGCAGGACGUGGACGAGUGGUGCCGGGGCGAGGUGGAGGCGGUGCAGCACAACGCGCGCACGCAGGUGGCGCAGGCACAUGAGGAGGUGCAGCGAUGGCAGUGCAAGUACGACGAGAUGGCGUCCUCGCAUGGGGAGCUGGAAGCCGUACAGAACCGGUUACAGCAGCAAAUUGACGAGCUGCUAGGGACGCUCCGGCAGCGGGAGGAGGAGUUGCGGCAGGCCAACACGGCUUUGGCGCAGCUUGAGAAGCAGCGAGUGGAGGAGCGGGCCUGUCACGAAGAGGAGAAGCAGGCGCUCUUGCAUCAGCACGCUGAGCAGAUGGAGCUGCGGCGCACGCAGCACAUGGAGCAGCUCGCACACAUCGAGUCCCGCAUGCAGGCGGUGGUCGCAAAGAAGGAUAGCACCAUCUCUGCUUUGCGGGCCGAGCUGCAGAUGACAUACUCUACAUUGCUACCACUCAAGAGCAUAUGACGGGUCUCCGCCUUGUGCAUUGGGCUUGGUGAUGGAAACGAAGGCUAGACAGGCGUCCUGGACGAGUUUUUGCCAAUAUUGAGUCCCCAGCCGAUAAUGUAUGACGCUCACGGACAUGGUACGCUGCUCUGUACUCAAGGAAUGGCCACUCUACAGAGGACAUGCAACUUGCUUUUCCUAUAAGCUUUUACUUAACUCCAGCCUUGGUCUUAACCAUAAGGCAUGGGUAUGUGGUCAAGUGAGAACACUGUGUUGGAGUUCGUUCGGCUUUUGUGGUCCUGGGAUGGGACUUUACCCUGUGACAAUGCGUUUGGGUUGUGAUAAGGCGCUAUAGUAUGGUACUGCUAAGCGACUUAUAGCGAGUAUAGCAAGGAGACAUCGGCGAUCCCGACACUAUGCAUGUACCGUCAUUUAACGCCAGCAAGAUCGAUGCACGGCAGGAGUUCGAGCAGACAGGACACGGCAAAUACCGCUUUAUGACCUGCGAAUUACCUUGCUCUUCUGUUCCCGGUGAAAAUACACGGGGUGUAAAACCUUUUAACUUUUCGGUGGACCGGGCACAAUGAAGACCAUUCACCACUGCGGUUCAGCGCGGAAUGCUGCUGCUGUGCGCAGCGUUAAGCCCCAAAUAGCAGCCCGUAUUCAGCGCGUUGUUGUGCCUCGCGCGGCCAAGACGGAGGAGGUGGAGGUCAGCACGGCCAGCUCGAACGGUGUCACUGCCCCUAACGUGCAAGCGGGCUCCAACACUGUGCAGUUUGAUGAGUUGUCUGAUAUCAUCAGGUUGGUCCAUGACACGGACAUUGUGGAGUUCGAGCUGAAGAGCAAGCGCUUCAGCCUCAGCGUCCGCAAGAAGGAGGCCCUCCAAAGCGAGCAGGCAGCGGCCAUCCAGAUGAUGAUGCCCGCUCAGAUGGUCGCCGCGCCGGUGGCCCCCGCCCCAGUCGCUCCGGCUGCCCCAGCUCCCGCCCCGGCUCCCGCCGCCCCCCCGCCGGCGCCAGCAGCCGCGGCACCCGCCCCCGCCGCCGCCGCUCCCCCGCCGCCCCCUCCCGCCCCCAAGGGCAUUGAGAUUGCCUCCCCCAUGGCCGGCACCUUCUACCGCAAGCCCGCUCCCGGCGAGCCCAUGUUUUGCAAGGAGGGCGACCGGGUGAAGAAGGGGCAGACGGUGUGCAUCAUCGAGGCCAUGAAGCUCAUGAACGAGAUUGAGGCCGAGGUGGGCGGCGAGGUGGUCAAGUUCCUAGUGGAGAACGGGCAGGCCGUGUCGGUGGGCCAGCCCAUCAUGCUCAUCAAGCCCUAAGGCAGCCCCCAGCGCUCUGCUCUUUCUCUCACACACGCUCCCUUGAAGUCUAGGGGCGGUGUACGCGCUUGUUCGAAGUUGUGUUCAGAUCGAGGGCAAGCUUCCCAGCAGGGUGUGACACGGUUGUGUUUGUCGUCCGUACAUGUGGCGUUUGAGCUUUAUGGAUCUUGUUCAGGCAGUGGCGGUCCAGGUGGUGUGGUGGGGCUCGCAUGGACCGUUGGCUUAAACCGUGAGAUGUGUGUCUUGUCAUGCUAUGUGCGUGGAAUACGCCUCCAUGCGUUGUUAUGCGGCGAUUGACCCUGCCCUUGGGGAUGCUUGGGAGUUUGUAUGGACUGUUGGGGUGGAUGGAUACGGGGGUGCGUAUGUACAACUACAGGAAUGGCGGCAGCAGCAGCGGUGGUAGCGGUUGCUGGAGCCGGUAUGGCGUCGCGUCAGACGCUGUGGUAUAAGCUUCAGCACGGAAUGCGAUAACGGGGAGGAGUGGCAAGGGGGCCCAUGCUCUCUGUGUUACGGUGGCGAUUGCGGUUACUGGUUAGGGGUUAAGUAGCCUAAAUGAGCUCCCGAUGUGGCCCUCGUUUAUUAAGGAGUAGCGGUAUCCGGCCAAGGGCACCACAAUUUUGUUGAGGGCCGAACCUCCCAGUGGUUGUCUCGAAUUGUUGGCUGUGUGCUCAGAUCCCGGUUUGCAACGACUGUCGUCCUGUGUCGACGCUUACUUGGGAACUAGCCAGGGAGGCGGUGCGGCUUGCCCCCUGCUAGGCAGCAUGACUAGCUGCUGUUGGGACGGCAAAGGAUUAGCUCGGAUGUCUCGAGAAGAAUUGGGUGGUUAUGCUAGGAGGGCGCCUUAUUAUUGCUGGAUGCGUUAUAGGUUAACAGCCUCACCCUCCUCUUGUAACAGGG